CCAUACCGGCUUAUUUCCCAAUACACGUGCAUUACAUCAGCGAAGAAAUUUCAACUAGAAUCUUUUAAAAUGUCGUGGCUGUUUGGGAUAAAGAAGGAUCAGCCUCUGGCAGAGGCCCCACAACUUCCAGUUUUACAAGAUGGAGGGGCAGCAGCUCCAACAGGAGGAGGGAAAGAUGGAAAAGGGGAUAGUGGAAAAGGAGGAGGAAAAGGAGGUGGCUACGACAACUUCAGCAACUUCGAUCCGUCGGGCCUGGAGCGGGCGGCCAAGGCUGCCCGGGAGCUCGAUUUGUCGGCCAAUGCUAGAGGAGCAUUAGACCUAGCUAAGAUGCAAGAACAGACUAAGCAGAUGGAGCAGCAAACAAAGAUCAAGGAGUAUGAAGGAGCUGUGGAGCAGAUGAAGCUGGAUCAGUCUAGGGUCCAGCAAGAGGAGAAGAGAAAGACCAUGUCCCAGGAGACCCAGGAACAUCAAAGGAGGGCUCAGUACCAGGACCAGCUAGCAAGGAAAAGAUAUGAUGAUCAGUUAUCGCAACAGAAAAGGAUGAAUGAAGAUAACCUUGCCAAGCAGGAGGAGUCUGUCAGGAAGCAGGAGUCUAUGAAACGAUCAUCGAUGGAUUAUGAAGCAGAAUUGAGGUUGAAGAACGACAUGAAGAAGAUCGAAGCCGAAUUGAGAGGGAAAGCUCAGAUAGAGAGAGAAAAUAAAGAUAUUAGGAAGGAUCAGAUCAGACUUGAAGCAGCAGAGUACAGGGAAACAGUACUGCAGUCAAUCAAAACGGCAGGAAAUAUUCUUGGAGAAGGUUUCAGAAGCUUUAUAUCUGACUGGGAUAGAGUAACAGCCACAGCAGCAGGAGUAACGUUACUAGCCCUGGGUGUGUAUUCAGCCAAGAUGGGUACGGGCGUCGGUGCCCGCUACAUCGAGGCCCGUCUAGGCAAGCCGUCGUUGGUCAGAGAAACGUCGAGACUCACGCCGAUCGAAGCCGUCCGUCAUCCCAUCCAAGUGACCAAAAGGAUCUUCAACAAUCCCAAGGAUGCUCUAGCAGGUGUUGUAUUAGAGCCAAAGCUCGAGGAGCGUCUUCGGGAGAUCGCCAUAACAACUAGGAAUACCAAAGCAAACAAAGGCAUGUACAGGAAUAUACUCAUGCACGGACCACCGGGUACCGGCAAGACUCUCUUUGCCAAGAAACUUGCCAUGCAUUCAGGGAUGGACUUUGCCAUUAUGACAGGAGGUGAUGUAGCCCCCAUGGGGAAGGAGGGAGUCAGUUCAAUACAUAAAUUAUUUGACUGGGCUUCUACAAGCAGAAGAGGAUUACUACUGUUCUGUGAUGAAGCUGAUGCAUUCCUGAGGAGGAGAAAUGCGGAAAUAAUAAGUGAGGAUCUCCGUAGCACACUUAAUGCCUUUCUGUAUCGUACUGGUGAUCAGUCGAACAAAUUCAUGUUAGUGUUGGCGAGUAACCAGCCAGAGCAGUUUGAUUGGGCUAUCAACGAUCGUCUGGAUGAGAUGGUAGGGUUUGAUCUGCCAGGCCGCGAGGAGAGGGAGCGCAUGGUCAGGUUAUACUUCGAUAAGUAUGUCAUUCAGCCUGCUUCACAGGGCAGGAGACGUCUGAAGAUUGGCACGUUUGACUUCAAUGAGAAAUGCAGUAAGAUAGCUGAAAUGACUGAGGGCCUGUCUGGAAGAGAGAUUGCUAAACUUGGAGUGGCAUGGCAGGCAACCGCAUUUGCUUCUGAGGAUGGCGUCCUUACGAGUGAGAUGAUUGACACUAAGGUGAUGGAGAGUGUCAAACAGCACAAGCAGAAACGAGACUGGCACCAGAAGGAGGAUGCUAGGUUAGACAAACUAGAGAAGCUACACAGUGUGACAUAGUGCCCUCUAUGGAGAUGGAGCUGACAAUGAUAGAGUAUUACAGAGAUUUAAUGGAAUGUGUAUCCCACUGCAUAUGUCUAUUUUUCCCAUAUUGUAUUCCCAAAUAAAAAUCUCUCGGUAUGAAAAUUAAAUAACGGUGCUUUCUGGUUUCACAACCAUUAGCUAUAGUUAUAUCAAGACAUUUUUUCGUUCAUGGAUGAAAUAUAUGGAUAAAUGUUAGACAUCGUAUGUUUGUAUAGGCACAUAUGGAAUCACCUGCCAAUGGUUAGAUGAGGGUGUUACAACAUGGAGGCAGUAUACCCCACAUUGAAAUUGCAUUGGUUGUAAGGGUGAUUGUGAUUGUACUGAAUGACAAAUGAAGUUCUAUCAGAAUCUACCAAACUUUACACAAAUCAUUGUAUGGAUACAAAUAUAUAGUAUCUGCCAAACAGAUUUAAUAAGAAUUGUAUAGCUGCUGAGUAAUCCGCAAGAAGAGUGAAGAUCAAUAUGUAGUCCCAUUUAUGCAUAUGUGUGUCGGUGCUUUUGUAGCAUUUAAGUUUGUUUUGCAUUAUGCUGGUCCAAAAUUUCCAGAAUACUGUACAACCAGAAUUGAGAAACGUUUGCAUGCAUGAAAUAUUUGUGAAUUUCAGGAGUGGUUCUGAUUUGCCAAAGUUUCAUGUCACAAAAUAAUUGAAUCACAAUUGACACAACACAAAAUUUGACUAAUUCAUGCAGGUUUAUUGCUUUGAAAAUGGCUGCCCUUAACAAUUCGUGAAAUGACGUGAAAAUGUCAUGCUGGACAGUUUCUGGAAUAGAAGUUGAUUGUGCAUUAAAACAUUGCAUAGUGAAUAUUUAGCCACUUUUUCCUCAAAGUGGAAUUACUUAAAAUAAUUUGUCUGAAUCUUCAUGUUGAUUUAUUCCUUGAUAUCAAGCUCUUUAUGUCAUUAAAAAAUGAGAAAUGGAAUUGAAUGAAGAUCAUAGGCAAGUCAGUUUAUGAAGUGCAAAGGAAGAUGUUGAUAUUCCAAACUAACUGGUCCCUGUAUAACGUGUAGGCCUAUUGGUGUAUUGCGAUCUCUAUAUUCUGAAAUGACAUAGACCUUGACAUUGACUUCAUCUCACAAUUUGUUGAAUUGAUAUCAUUGUGGUCGAUUUGUGAAAGAAACCUUAUUCAUUCAUUCUUCUAGAACAUUUACUAUUUUCUGGAUGAUGAAAAUACAUAACAUGUUUUUGUAACUCCUGAAUGAGCAUCAUUUUUAAUACCAAUUGAUUAUUUCAUAUGUAUAGUUCAGCAUAACAAUGUGCAACUACAGGAGUAUGUCAAACAUCUAUUAUGCAAAUACACUGUAAGACUCUGAAAGAUGUAUCUAAACUCCAUAUGGAUGGCACGUGUUAAAUGAGAGAAAGGUCUAUUCAUGGUAACUACAAGUUUUCAUAUUAUUUUUCACGUUGAAUCCAAUCUGAGAAAAUCAUGUUAAUGAAUCUACCAGGAUUGUGUCAAUAUGAAUAUUCAUGAUAUUGUUAUGAUAUAUUGAUACAGUGAUUUUUAUUAUGUGGAGAAUGUAUUGCUGUUUGGGAAUGCUUAAUCUUUGUGAGAGAAAAGCAUUAUUUUGCAUUUUAUAAAUGCUAAAAUCCAUCCCUGUUUUACAAUUCUGUAUCCAGAUUAGUAUAUCAGGAGUGGUUGAUUAUUUGUCAAGGUGAUUUGCCUUUUGUUACUGAAUAUGAUGGUCCUUCAUUCUCAGAUUAAGCCCUUUAUUUGUAGUCGACAUUUGUUUACAUAUCUUGUUUGAACAUCUGAAGUUGUAGGCCUAUAUUGAGUCAAUAUGGCAUGAAUGAGCGAAAUCAGAUUUUGAGCCUGCCAAAAUGAUAUACUGACUGCUGCAUAAGAUAAUGUACAUUGGUUUAUCCUCUAAACUCUCAUCACUAUGCCGGGGCGGAUCCAGGAUUUUCCCAAAGAGGGGGGGGGGGGGGAUGAAAUUGCGACCUUUAUGCCGUGUGGUCCGGCCAACUAAGGGCCUCAGAAAAUGUUGAACCUAAAGAUGCCCUAUGGUACAUUCCAUGGCAUAAUCUGAACAUUUAUGUGAAUAUUUCUUAGCCCAUACCCCCCCCCCCCCUGGAUCCGCCCCUGCUAAAACUCCACUUACCAAAUAUAGUAAAAAGCAGAAGGUAUGUUUUUGAAACACGAUUGUGAUAUACGCUCCCCAGAAGGUUUUUGGUCUUUGUAUUAUUGCCUGUAUCUAGACCCUUUUUGCUACUUUUGAGUUUCACCCUUUCGACCAGCUGUAGUAAUAUGGUUGAUAAGACCAUGGUGAAAGUUUAAAUUACCAUUGAGAAUUCAGCCCCAUAUGGAAUGUACAUGUAAAUCUGUUAAUUAUCUGAAGUACAUAUGCAGCGACAUAAUAAUCAAUAUAGUGAACAUUUGUAAUGACAAACAAAUUGACACUCCUGGCGCACUUGUGUAAAAAUUGUAUAAUUGUUGGCAUCAAAUGGUCAGAAAGACCAAGAGUUCAUAUUGGAUUAAUGAACGCUUUUCGCGGGAACUAUCGUGAUCAUGAAACUAUUGAAUUAUGAACCUUUCGAAAGAGUGAAUCUUAUGAAUAAUGAACGUCGCCUGUCCGAUCAGAUCUGAGGCUUUACUCAGUUCCCUGUCUACAACAUACAAGUAAAUUCUUUUAAUAAUUAAUGUUUCAUGUGACAAUUGGAUGGAUUUUUCCAGUAUUCCCCAGUGCUUGUCAGCGAUUUAAGUACAUGCGUUGCAUUGAUCUAUACCAGCCUAGUAAAUGAGAUCCAUUUUUAUCUUAUCAUAUCUCCUUUUUAUGAUAUAGUACAUACCAUGAAUUACAAAGUCAAAUUGUAAAGUAUUUACCUCUAUAAUAAUAUACUUUCAUAAGUUCUAUAUGAAAUAAAGAUAUUAUUGAAUCAUAAUUGAUUUUAUGAUACAUGAUUUGAAA